UAACAAUAGUUUACAGCCAUAGCAGUAAAGAAGCCACAGUAGUACAGUGGUCCCCGCUUAUGGCGACCAAUUCAGCAAAUCCUGGUGGGCUUCUUCUCCCUUUAGUUGAAGACGUUUCAGGUAAAGGCACAAAUCUCCACAUCUGUUUAGAGAGAGGGUCGGGGUAGUUUUUUCUCUAACAAAAUGGUGACCAUGUUGUCCUUUUUUAUGUCCUUCACGGAAUGGUUACUGGUCAAUAUGUUUACAUCAUACCGUGUUGUAGUCAGUACUGUAUAUAAAAUAUUGCUGCCACCUACCGACGCAUUUCAGUAUUGCUGUUUCAAAUACACCAUAAUUUAUUAUAUGUGGUGUGAGGGUUGGUAUCACGCGGUACUGUACCGCGUUAUAUGGGAAAUAACCUUCAAAUAAUACUCCAAAAGUUCAGGCUAAUGAAUGCAUGUCACAACCCCGUGAUGUGUCACAUUAUAAAGCAAUGAUUGAAUAGGAAUCUUGUUUUACCUUGUUUUCUGAUAAUAACUUUGUUUUAUAUAAAUCAAGCUUCCAGUACACACCAAGCCAUUUAUUUUUGUGUUGCAAUGAAAUGAUUCCUACAGAAACAAUUCAGUUUUCUCUAUGUUAGACUCACCCGGACGUCGUUGAGCAUAGAGAUAGACGCCGCAUCAGGGCUCAGCCGUACGUCAACAUCGCCGUCAUAUUGAAUGUGUCAAGGCAGCGCUGUAAAUGACUAAGUAAAUGUACUUGCUUUCAUAAAGCGCCUUUCUACAAAGAAAUUCAAGUUAAUUCCUCUUGUUUAUACAUGCACACACGCACUUGGGAAACAGUUAGGCACUUUUUUGUGCCUGUUUCCCAAGUAUAUUAGUGCGUGUGUAAAAGUAUAAACGAGAAGAAUUAACUUAAAUUUCUUUGUAUAAAGGCACUUUAUGAGAAACUAGUACAAUUGUAUUCAUUUACAGCGCAGCCUCGACACAUCCAAUAUGGCGGUGACGUUGACGUAUCGCAGCAGGGGACAAACCCACUUGAUGCGGCGUUUAUUUAUGUCUAUGUCGUCGACGACAUCUUCAGCGUCUAUUGGCCAAUUAAAAAAAAGUGGAGGCCGUCAUUCGUUUCUAUUGGUUGGAAGCUUUCAAAGGGGUGGGUCGAUCGUUCAAGUCAACCAAUAGACUCUGUAUUUAUCCGUGGUUAAUACCCAGGGGAGAACAAUACGAGGUGCUUGCGUUACUUUGCCUGGACGCUGUUCGGCAUUGUAAUAUUGCUACUCAUCUUUCGGUGUUACAUUUUUUUGCACCAAAAGAAGAUGCAGAAGAAUCUAACUAUUGGACGAGCCCUGGAAUUACUUGUGAGUGAUAGUGGUGCGAAUAUCUCUCCAAUUGAAUCGUCGUCUGAUGAAUCAGACCUCGUAGCGCCAGAGAGAGACCCUGAUUGCAGUGACUCGGAUUACCAAAUAUUACCAGAAGAGAGCAGCGAUGAUGAUGACUCUAAUGUUGAAGAAGAUUACGGGUGCACUCGGAGACGGAAGUGUCACGCAUUACCUUCCACUUCUCCCACGCCUGAGCCAAGAUCAUCAUUAUCAUCUGGGAGAAUGUCUGCUCAACCUCCUGAAGAUGCUCCGCUGCCGAAAGCCAAAAGAAAACAAAGUCUGUCCACCAAAAUACAGAAAAGUAUGUCAACCAAAAGACCCAAUACUGUGUCUGAGGUGGGGCAUGACGUGAGGUGGCACAACAGAGAAGAGCAGGACACAAGACCAGAGCCACUCCUAUUUCUGCCAGCCAGAACCCCAGGACCCACACUGAGUACCACAACAUCAUGGAGACCACUUUCACUUUUCCAGCUUUUCUUCAGCGCUUCGGUGGUCCACACAAUCAUAGACAAUACAAACAGCAAUGCUGCUAAAAGACAACAGGCUGGAAAAAAGUACACAUGGAAGCCUCUCACAGUGAAGGACUUCUACAUUUUUCUGACAAUCAUUCUUUUUUCGGGCCUCGUAAGCGUCCACCACCGCUCGGACUAUUGGAAAAAGGAUUGGCCUUAUAACUUCCACUUCCCAAGGGAACUAAUGAGCCGCGAUCGGUUUGAAGCCAUUUUGUGGUCUCUUCACCUCAGCAGUCCGCAAGAAGAUGAGGAGAACGAAGGCAAAAGGAACACACCUCAGUACGACAGCCUCUUCAAACUCAAGCCUCUCUAUAGUGAGAUUGUGAAUGCCUGCAAGGCACAUUUUCAGCCUUAUAAGAAUAUUUGUGUUGAUGAAAGACUGGUGGCAUCCAAGACCCAUGUCCAUGCAAGGGAGUCCAUGAAGAACAAGCUAACAAAGUUGGGGUAUAAACUUUUUGUACUGGCUGAUUGUUCCACGGGCUAUACCUGGAAUUUUUUCAUCUGUCGCGAAAGUAACAUGGACACCAGCGGCCACACCUCAGUGAUGGACCUACUGCCAGCCCCUCUGCUUGGCAGUGGCUACUCAUUGUAUGUGGAUCAUUUUUGCACCAGCCCGGCCCUGUUCGCGGAAUUGUUCGCCCGAGGCAUUGGCUGCUGUGGGGCGAUGAGAAAAAACAUUAAUGGUUUUCCACAGACCGAGGACAAUGACUUGCCCAGAAAGGCUGCAAGGGGAGACCUGCGUUGGAUCAGGAAGGACAAACUCCUGUUUGUGAAGUGGAUGGACAUGCACGAGGUUAGCAUGUGCUCCACCUUUCACAAAGCCUUCAGUGGGCAGACUGUGGAAAGGAAGGUGAAAGAGGACGGGGCGUGGGCGAUAAAGCACAUCCCAGUUCCUGACGCGGUUGUGGAUUACAACCAGAACAUGGGCGGCGUGGGCGUGUCUGAUGCCCUGAUAAGGUAUUACAGUGUCAGGCAAAAGACAAUGAAAUGGUACAAAACCUUUUUUUACCACUUCAUUGACAUCGCAGUGGUGAACAGCUUCUUGCUCUACAAGGAGUUGUUCAAGCUAAGAGGCGAUCCUUACAAGCUGCUGACACACAAAGGCUUCAGGGAGCAGCUCUGCAAGGAGAUGCUCGCGUUGGCAAAGAGCUCGGAGCCGACACCUCGAUCGCCCCUGCGAGACACCUGCAUGCCCGUGUACUAUGGCGAAGAUGCAACAGCCUCUAGGAGGUACUGCAAGAGGUGCCAUGAUGCCGGGAACAAGCGAGUGAAGACGCCCAUUCACUGCAGGAAGUGUCUGGUCCCUCUGUGUCUGACUUCCAGAAAGAACUGUUUUGCUGAGUGGCAUGAUGGACAGGUGCAAAGAUAGAUGAUCUACAUUGCUAAUCGUUUGUGUUGUAUGUAAUCCAUUGGGAAUUGUUUGGUUUUACUAAAUCAGUUCAAUUUGGAGGCAAAUUCACUUCUUGCAUAUUUUUCUUUCCAGUAAAAAUAAAAAUGGGAUGUACCUACUAGGCAUGGGCAGGUUAUCGGUUUCAAGUCACAGUUUCAAAACCACUAAAACUGUGCGUCAUACCGUUUCUGCGAUAUGAGAGAAAGUGGAGGUCCAGCGCGGCCACAUGUCACAUCCGGAACUCCGGGUUUGGAGUGUUGGCAGAAGUUGUGAGCUGCCUCGUUAGCAUUGAGCGGCGCCGGUACGGCUGCGCUGUUGUCGGUCGACAUAUUACUCACGUCAAGGGUCACCGAAUGUGGAGAUAUGAUUCAGGAGACAGGAGUGGAGGAUAAGUGGUAUAAAGCGUUUAUUCUCCACUGAACAACAAGCACUUAACUUCUCAGUUGCUAACAACAAUCACAUGACCCGGAAACGGAAGUUUGUGGAGAAGUACGACUUGACACUAUGAAAUAAUAACGUAAGAUUACGAUGUUUUUAAUUUAUAUUGUAACCUUCUUGACCUGUAUUAUUUAUAUAUCUACAUAUAUUUUUUUUAUUUUUUUACAAAAAAAAAUGUGUUGUGACCUGAGUUGCAGGAUUAGACAUAGUAGACUGCAUUGAAUUGAUGACUGUGUUUAUUUAUUCAAAAAGAAUUCCGUUUUUUAAAUUUUUAGAAUACAUUGAUGUUCCACUUUCAGUGUUGUUUAAAAAUGACAUUUUUGACUUGACUUUCUUCUCUUUUCAAUAAAGAUAUUUAAAAAUAACACAUUCUAGAGGUGUAAUUACAAUACCAUGACACCGUCAAACUAUUACAUUUUUGCCCAAUGUUAUCAUACUGUCACAAUCUCAUACCAGCCCAUGCGUACGAUCUAAAUAAUUGUUGCCAAUAUGUAUAACAGUCGAGUAAUCCCUCCUUUAUGGCUGUUAAUUGGUUCCAGACUCGACCGCAAUAAGUGAAUUUCCACAAAGCAGGAUUCCUUAUUUCUAAAUAAAAUAUUUUCGAAGUUAGAGCAUAGAAAGCCUGUUUUACUACCUUUUACAUAUGGUUUUUAAUAUGAUUAGAGACUUCUAGAAAUGAAAUAACACCCCUAUAGUCACCUUUACACUCAUAUUACCCAAUAUAGUAGAUAUAAUCAGAGACAAUAAGCCAUUUAAGCCAUAAAUAAGAUUCGUACUCGUGUAUGUUUCAAUAAAUGUCCACCGACAUGUGGACAGGAAGUUACCUUGGGGAUUCGGAGUUGCGUUUUAGCUGGAGUACGGCCGUAACAGUAGCCCGUGUUGUGAUGAUGGGAGCAGAGUAAUCAAUUGCUUAUCACGGGUAACUGGUUCCAGCCCCGACUGUGGUACAUGAAUUUCCUCAUCGAACAUUUUUAUAUUUAGAGCAUAGAAAACCUGUUUACAACCUUCUAAAUACGUUUUUUUUUUUUUUUUUACGUUAGAGCUAUCUAGACGUAUGGUUUUGGUCUUGGAACUCUGCCAUGCAGGCUGUGUUUGGCCAGUGUCUUUCUUAUGGUGGAGUCAUGAACGCUGACCUUAAAUGAGGAAAGUGAGGCCUGCAGUUCUUGAGAUGUUGCUGUGGGGUGUUUUGGAUGAGUUGUCGCUGCACUCUUGGGGUAAUUUGGGUUGGCCGGCCAUUCCUGGGAAGGUUCAUCACUGUUCCAUGUUUUCUCUAUUUGUGGAUAAUGGCUCUCACUGUGGUUAGCUGGAGUCCUAAAGCUUUAGAAAUGGCUUUAUAACAUUUUUCAGACUGAUAGAUCUCAAUCUCAGUUAUGUUGUAAUGGGGGGAGGGCGGGGGGCAAUCAC